GCGCCGCAGUCGACUGCGGUCUCUGCCGCCGCUGCUGCCUCAGUUAGGUUAUGUGCAUGCACUGUGCGGCGCUCUCCUCAUUCAAGUGUCCAACUUUUGUCGAAGCGGUCAUAGAGCGGCAAUCGCAGCGCGCCCACGCCUAUAAAAAGAAUACUUUUCACUGUGUGCAAUAGUGAAUACGAGUGUGUGUGUGUGCCUGUGUGUGUGUGUGAUUACUUCAAACGGAAAAACCGUUAAAGCUAAGCCAUGAAGGAAAUUAAAGUGGCGCGCGCUAUUAGCGAAUCCUCAACCACAUCCGAUAAUACAUCGGACUUUAUAGAUAUUGUCAAGCGCUAUGAUGUUGUUUACAACAAUCACAAUCCGGAUUACAAGAAUGUCGAGGUGAAGAUGAAGGUCUGGUCGCAAAUUGCCGAUGAGAUUGGAUUAUCUGUUGAGGCUUCCAAGAGAAAAUGGAAAAAUCUACGCGACAGUUAUACAAAAUAUUUACGCUCAUUUCGCGUGGGCACCAAAACAUCAAAGAAAUAUCAAUACUGGGCGCAUGCCGAUCAUAUGGAGUUCCUUAAGCCGUUUCAAGGACCUGGCAGAAACUCAGCAACAGGGAAUGGCAAAUCCAACGAUGAGGAAAAUGAAUUUGAAAACGAGUGUGAUUUUGGCUAUCAGGUGCUGUCCAAGGCAACCAGCAAUGGAGGGGAGGCUAGUUCACAAACUGGGCUAAGCACACAAACCGUUAACAGCUAUACGGCGCCCAUAUUAACUCCCAGCGUGGCAGCUACACCUCCCAGUCUCAAUUCACCAGGCGGCAAUGUGGUGCCGCCGCCACAAAAUCACAACAGCAAUAGCAAUGGCAGCAAUUGUGCCACAGUAGCGCCACUUACACUUAACGCUAUGACGCCGCCAGCUUGCAGCAGCAGCAACAACGGCAACAACAUGUUGCCGCUGUCAUUGGGUGUGGCAGGUAAAAACGCCAAUGCUGCAGCGCUUGCAACGCUCGCUAGCUUGCCACUGGGCAUGGGCGGUUUGCCUGCGUUUCCACUUGCUACAUUAAAGGCAGCUGCAGCUGCCGCCGGCUUGACUCUACCGCCCAACUCGGCACUAACGCCGCCCAACUGCAGCACAGCCAGCAAUGUGGGCUGCUUAAUCAUUGAGCCGCAGUUAUUUUCCGCCGCCGACAAUUUUAAGAAGGAGCUGAAUGCCGCCGCUGCUGCUGGUGCACCCUUGGGUCUCUUUCAGAGCUUGGCCAACCGGGCGCAGCAACUCAAUGGCAAUCUACCAGCUCUAGGUCUCGGUGAUCCCACGCCACCGCCUCCACCACCGCCGCCCAGCUCCAAGGUGCGACGUGUGCAACCCUCGCCACAGACAGCGGCCAUUAAUCUAAGCUGCUCCUCUUCUGCAUCGGCAUCCAACUGCUCGCAGCCCUCGCCGGCUAAGACGCGCAAAAUGAGCGAUCCACGUUACCCGAGCGAUUGGGAUGUCUCCGCCGUGUUGCAGGCCAACCGCGAAUUGGACGCCAAUACGCUAUUCUUUUUGAGUUUGGCACGACAGGUGCGCGCUAUGCCCAUGAAAUUCCAAUCACUGGCCAAAAUGCGUUGCAUGCGCAUUGUCAGCGACAUUGAGCUGGAGCUGGAGAACUUUGACUGCAAUGGCGUGCCCCCACCAGAAGAUUCAGGCAGCACGGCUAAUCUUAAAUACUGCACAGAUACGCCGCCUCCACCACCAGCGGAUGGCACAGUAAUGAUGUCAGCAACGUCGAUGGCACCAGAAGGUUCCACAGAGCAUUUUGUUUAUUGCAUGUCACCCUCACGCGUGGAGAGCAUGAUUGAUAUUUCGUCCGAUGAGGAAAGCAAUAUGAAUGGCGGCAUGCAAGUGAUGGCACCCAGCAGCAUAGCCAGCACAGCUGCUGGAGCAGUGCAUUAGUCCAACACUGAGCAUAAUAUGUAAAUGAGCUAACUUAUAAACUUGAAUGUUUAAGAAGUUAAAUUACAAACAGAUUCUGUUGUAAAUUAAAUUGACUAUCAAAUUCAUUCAUUCAAAAAUGUAUUCUAGUG